AUGGGCGGUAUGACGCAGCGGUGGGCCCGUGGAGGGGCCCUUUGCCUCGAUCCUGCUGCAUCUGCUGCUGCAGCAGCAGCAGCAGCACCUGCUGCUGCUGCUGGGGAUCCAUUAGGAACAGCAGACACAGCAGCACCUACCCCUUCUUCCCUUUGCAGCAGCAGCAGCAGCCCCUGCAACAGCGGCAGCAGCACAACUGCUGCUCCUGCUGCGCACAUCAGGCUUACUAGCGUCCGUAACAGUACUCCCUGCAGCAGCAGCAACAACAGCAGCAGCAGCAGCAAAAUUGGAGAUAUUUACGGGAAGAAUAUCACUGUAGGAGGCAGCAGCAUUGGCAGCAGCAGCACUGCUUCUCCUGCAGUAUUCAGCAGCAGCAGCAGCAGCACUGCUUCUCCUGCAGUAUUCAGCAGCAGCAGCAGCAGCAUUGCUUCUCCUGCAGUAUUCAGCAGCAGCAGCAGCAGCACUGUUGCCCCUGCACUAUUCAGCAGCAGCAGCAGCAGCAACCAGCGAUUGUCUCCUGGUGCCCUUACCGUUGCUGCUUCUGCUGCUGCUGCUGCUGCUGCCUUUGAGGAUAUCCGCCGGGCUACAGCGAAGGCGAAUAUUGGGCUAAGGCAUAGCAGCAGCAGCAGCAGAUUCAGCAACAGCAUCAGCAGCAGCAGCAGCAGGUACAGCUGCAGCAGCAGCAGCAGCAGCAGCAGCAUCUUUUCUUCUGUAGGUCUUACACACAAGUCAUUUCUUGGGGUAGAUGGAGGUAAGCUGAGACUUGAUGAGCUGCAGCAGCAAACAGAGCAGCAGCAGCAGCAGCAGCAGCAAGGGAAACCGGACGAACAGCAGCAGCACCACCACCAGCAGCAGCAGCAACAGCAGCAGCAGCAGCAGCAGCAGCAAGAUGGGUGUGGGGUCAAGCCUUUGCUGCCUGAGCUUCUUAAUCCUCGUCUAUUAGGUCCUUCCUUUUGUCGAUCAAAUUCGUUGCUGCAGCAAGCAGCAAGCAAGCACACGCAGCGGCAGCAGCAGCAGCAGCAGCAACAGCAGCAGCAGCAGCAGCAGCAGAAGCUGCCUUGGUUAGCACCAGGGUCUGUUGCCUUUGCACGUCUUCUGCUGCAGCAGCAAGAGGGCUCAGUAGAUACCUCUGAGGACUCAGCGCGUGCUGCUGCUGCUGCAGCAGCAGCAGCAACAGCAGGAGGAGGAACUCCUACAACAGCAACAACAGCAUCAACAGCAACAGCAGCAGCAGCAGCAGCAGCAGCAGCAGCAGCAGCAGAUAUGUGUACACUGCAGCAACAGCAGCAGCAACUUGAUGCAGCAGAGCAGCAAGCAGCAAACAGCGCAAGACAAUUAGCAGCAGAUGCUGCAGCGGGAGGUGUCGAUGCUUAA